UAGAGUCAGCCAAAAACGAGUGCGGAAACGGAAACGGCCAGUCGAUUGUUUCUGCACCAGCUACGAAAAAAUAUCCGAGCAAGGUGGUAGAAUUCCGUUACCUAAGUGCAUUUAAAUAAGGACAGAAAGUAACAAUGGCCCUAGAAUCAAGGAUCACCCAAGAAGAAAUCAAGAAGGAACCAGAGAAGCCCAUUGACCGAGAAAAGACCUGCCCCCUUCUGCUGCGAGUAUUCACCACCAACAGCGGCCGACACCACAGAGCAGAUGAAUUUGCGCGUGGCAACGUUCCCUCCAGCGAACUGCAGAUAUACACAUGGAUGGACGCUACUCUUAAGGAGCUGACCAGCCUGGUGAAGGAAGUGUAUCCGGACGCUAGGAAAAAAAUGACACAUUUCAGCUUUGCCAUUGUCUUUCCUGACCCCAGAGGGAAAGUGUACAGGUUGAAAGAUAUCGGCAACACUAUAUCUGGCAGGAAGGGCGCAGACGACUCCAUGACGUUGCAGUCUCAGCGCUUCCAGAUUGGAGACUACCUGGACAUAGCUAUCACACCACCCAACAGAGCCCCACCCCUUAACCCACGCAUGAGGCCCUUCUGAAUUUAAACACUUAACAUAAUCUAACACACAUCAACACAAUUCAGUUUUUGUUUAAUUUUUUCCCAUUGCUUCAUCUUGGAUGGUUUUUUGCUUCAUUUUAUAAAAUGUGACGUGUAAUAAAGUGGUCAUUUUUUCCAAA